AUGUCGACCUCAACAGCAUCGGUUUUAACAGAUGGAAAAGUACUAGUUACUGGUGGAACUACGAAUGGUAUAUCACUCAAAAGUACUGAGCUGUAUGAUCCAAUAACAGGAACAUGGUCUAUUGUUGGUAACAUGAAUAAGGAACGAAUUCGUCAUGCAGCUGUUAUGUUAUUAAAUGGAAAAGUGCUAGUUACUGGUGGAUCAGGUGAACGUGAUUCUGAACGUACUGCUGAAUUAUUUGAUCCAUUAACAGGUAAUUGGACAUUUACUGGUGAUAUGCAUUUUGAACGAGUCAGUCAUACAGCAUCUACUCUACUAAAUGGAAAGGUGUUAGUUACUGGAGGAGCUUUUGGUGAUGAUAGAGCCACUACUGAAUUGUAUGAUCCGGUCACAGGUAAUUGGACCAAGAGCGGUAAUAUGAUAUAUAGACAAGAAUGGGACACAGCAUCGGUUUUAGGAAACGGAACAGUUUUAGUUACUGGUGGUCCUGGUGUCAAUAUCGCUGAAUUAUAUAAUGUAGCGAUGGGUAAUUGGACUCAAACUGGUAGAACAAAUACUUCACGAUGGUUUCAUACAGCAUCCGUGUUACUAAAUGGAAAAGUGUUAGUUGCUGGUGGUUCUUAUGGUGUGUAUAACAGAAGUACGGAAUUGUAUGAUCCAUCGACAGGUCAUUGGACCAAUUCGGGUAAUAUGAAACAUGGACGAAAGGAUCACACAGCAUCCGUUUUAACAAAUGGUAAAGUGUUAGUUACUGGUGGAUACUAUAAUGAUACAUAUGUAAAUGAUGCUGAAUUGUAUGUUUCAUAG